GUGGGGUUCCGUUGUGGGUUUGACUUCAGGUCCGGGUUUUACCUCAGCUUUCUUUAUUCCACCCUACCUCCCCGUUUCUUCCCCUAUUUAAUGCGUCCCAGCCUGUCGCUUCUGUCUAUUUAUUUAUUUAUGCCUUCCUUCCGACUCUGUUUAGUUGUUUUAAGUUUUGAGUUCUGGUCGUUCCUCCAAUGAGAAGGCGUAAAAGAUGGAGCUUCAUAUUUUAGAGCACAGCCUGAAAGUGGCGAGUAUAGAGAAAGAGGGGAUCGAGAUUUGCACCCACGGAUUAAUAAAACUCGCCUUCUUGGCCUCCAAAACGAGAUGUAAGUUCUUCAGUUUGACGGAGACUCCAGAGGACUACACCAUCAUUGUGGACGAGGAAGGGUUUAAAGAGCUUCCUCAGUCAAACCUCAUCAGUGUUGCCGACGCCACAUGGCUGGCCCUCAACGUGGUGUCAGGUGGCGGCAACGCUUCCAGCUCGCAGCCCAUCGGCGUCACCAAAAUCGCUAAAUCUGUCAUCGCGCCGCUGGCCGACCACAACAUUUCUGUUUUCAUGCUGUCAACGUAUCAGACCGACUUCAUCCUGGUUCGAGAACGAGACCUGCCGAUGGUCAUGCACACGCUGUCUUCCGAGUUCACGCUGUUCCGGGUGGUCAACGGAGAAACGGUCGCUGCGCACAAUCUGGGCGUCACCAACGGGUUUGUGAAGCCAAAGCUUGUGCCCCGGCCCAUCAUCCACCCUCUGUCCAGCCCCAGCAACAUGUUCUGUGUGACCAGCCUGGAUCCGGACACGCUGCCCUCUGUGGCCACGUUGCUCAUGGACGUCAUGUUCUACUCUGGAGGGUCUAAAGAGGUGGGAGCGUCCUGCGAGGACUCGAGCCACAUCCGCUUCUUCUCCUUCUCCCUGAUCGAGGGCUACAUCUCGCUGGUCAUGGACGAGCAGACGGCUCAGAGGUUUCCAAACAACGUGCUCUUCACCAGCGCCUCUGGCGAGCUCUGGAAAAUGGUUCGGAUUGGAGGACAACCUUUAGGCUUUGAUGAAUGUGGCAUCGUGGCUCAAAUAUCAGAACCUCUGGCAACGGCUGACAUUCCAGCUUACUACAUCAGUACCUUCAAGUUUGACCACGCCCUGGUUCCAGAAGAAAACAUCCAAAGCGUGAUCAGAGCUCUGCGGACUGAGAGCACGGCGGCACAGUGAGGAAACCAGCAGAACGAUCCCCCCCCCCCCUUUCUUUUUUUUUUUCUUUCCUUCUUCUUCUUUCAGUCAUUUCGUUCAAACAUUUAUCAUGCCCAACAAGUGCCAAGAGUGUGUCGGUGGGUUGCUGUGGAUCAGCUCAGGGAGGAAGGAAGGAGGAGGAGUCUGAAAGUGAGGGAUACCUUUGCUGCCAUCACUUUUCUUUUAUCCUCUUUUCCUUUCCUGGAGCCCCCCCACUGCCUGUCACUGCUUUAGUUUACUAAACUUGAUGGUUCUUUACCUCUAAAAGCUGCUUCCUCCCACUCCCUGACCCCUCCAGCACCAUACUGUAAAACCUGCAGAAGUCCUCUCCAGGAGGAAUGACGAAUGUACUCCAAAUCUAAAAAAAAUAUUUAGUAAGCUCUCCAUACUGUAACCCCCCCCCC